AUGGACACAGAACAGGAGUCUGAAUGGAAUGCAGCACAUAGUAUCUUUAUCAGUGAAGAUCUUUUGACUGUGCUAAGCUUUAGCUGCAAUCUUGCAGUUGUAGACAGAAACCGUUGGCUUUAUCAAGGCCAGACAUUGCAAUGGGCAAUCUAUAGGUACAAUGCAUGUUGGCUUCCAUUGCUUGCUAAACAUUCAGAGUCUAAAAUCACUGAAGGACCUUUAGUUGUUCCUCUUGAUUGUGAAUGGAUUUGGCAUUGUCACGGACUUAAUCUGGUUAGAUACAAAUCAGAUUAUGAAGAAUUCUAUGGAAGUAUUCUUGACAACUCUAAUGUUGUCUCUUCUAUUAAUCAAAGAACAUCAAGAAAGGAAACAGAAGAAACAUGGAACAAAUUAUACCCUAAUGAACCCUAUGAGUAUGACAUGUCACGUGCUUCCUCAAGUGAAUUUUCAGAAACUUUAUAUAAUAGAGGAACUCAAAGCUUUUCCAAAUAUGAUUUUGUUUUAGCUGUUGAAAGACAAAGCCCAUUCUUUUACCAGGUGUCAAGGCCUCAUUUCAAGAAAGAUCUAUUCCUUCAAGACACACUUAUAAUCUCAUGA